UCGUUGAAAAAUACAAUGUUUUGUAUGACCAUACCAUGGAAGACUACUCAAAUAGGCAUGUGCAAGAAAAAGCCUGGAAUGAAGUUGGAAAAGAAAUAAAUGAAACAGGAGCUGCAUGUAAGGAGAAAUGGAAAAAUUUAAGAUCUGCUUAUACCCGUCAUUUAAGGCAAAAACCACCAUCUGGAUCAUCAGCACAAACAAAGAAAAAAUAUUAUUUAGCAGACUAUUUAGACUUUCUCCUGCCGUUCACUAAAUCUAGGCAACAAAAGGGUAGCAUUCCAUCUCCCAAAAAUAUAAAUGAAGAAACAAAUAAUAUUUCGACUCAAGAAGAAUCUUCGGAUAUUGAGCCUCCUGAAAUACAUGACAAAAAUGAUCUAAAUAGGGAUGCAUUUGAAGAAUCCUCUACUUUAUUAGUCACUGAAAGCGCAUUAACUCGCAAUAAAAGUUCUGCAAAAAAGCGCAAAGAAGUGGACUCUCCAAAGAAAUGUGCCAUUGAUUAUUUUACAUCGAAAAGCCGAGGCCAAUCGGAAAAACCGGAAGAUGCUGACUUGCUAUUUCUUAAAAGUCUUCUGCCCGAUUUACAGUGAAUGACAAACGCCCAAAAACACGAAUUUAAAUAUAAAACAAUGCAAGUUAUUGGUGAAAUACUUUCCAAACCACCACCAAAUAAUUUUACCCUAUCUCAAACAAAUCUCAACAGAUUUGUUAUAAUUCAAGCAACAGUAACUUUCACCCAUUUUCAAACAGUUCUCAAGCGCAAACUACGUACUCUUCAAGCCAAAUAAGCACACCUAUGACUUCUCCAAAUACCGAUUAUGACUAUUUAAAUUUGUAAUACGUAAUAAAUACUUACACAAUUAAAAUGAAAUUUGAUUUAGUUACUUACCUCAUUGUAAUAAUUAGUUUUUCCUUUGGUGUAAUGGAUUCCUGAAAUUUUUUAACUGAUCUCUUGAUAUAAGGUCAA